GCUGAGGUUUCCAGUUUAUUCUACGGUUAUUUUUUUAUUUUUGGUAUGUAGUUUUAAAUAACUGUUUGUAUCUUCUCUAGUGAUACUCAAGACAGGUACUUAUGAUAGGUAAAAAAAUAUAGGUAAGUUUAUUACAACAAAAGAAAGUGAAAGUGUUUAUUUGUAAUAAGGCAGGCUGAAUAUGACUUUUUGAGGUACGUAGUGUCUACAAACAUGGUGCCUUUAGUGGAAAUUCCUCGAGCUAAAUGGCCUGAGCUCAGGGAUUUAUUUCGAAAUGGUUGGCCCGAUGGUGCGGUCCCAUUCUGUUUUCUAGACACUCAGAUUGCAUAUCCCAAUUUAGAUGAAUUUUGUAAGGUCAAAGUUUAUUCUCCAGAUGGUGAUAUGACUAAUGGAUUUGUAGCCGUAUAUAACCCAAGUAAUACGGUUGAAGCUUAUGAAGUUAUGAUACAGCCAUUACAAAGUAUUGAAAAAAUUGAAGGGGCUCUGACUGAUAGUAAAGUUAUUGACUGGACUAGAGUUCUGUGUGUAACUUCGGCAACCCCCGUUGUUGAAGAAUGUCUUCGAAGACGAGAGAAACAACUUGGCAUACAUGGAAAUACCGAGGGGAAUAAAGCUUUCAAACAUUUCUUAGAUGCGAAUUCAAUGCCAUUCGAAUUAAGCAGUAAUCCGCCAGAUACAUACGUAGCUGAACUAAAACCCGAGCAUUUGCAUAUUAUUGAUGAAACAUGGACAUUUCACAGCGACAGAUCUUAUAAAUUCUUCGAAUCAUUGCUCAGAAACCACCUUACCUACGUCCUUUACUCCACAAAAGAAGAUCACCCGUUGGCCUGGGUAACGAUAAGUUGGGAAGGUGCUUUAACCCACCUAUACUGUAUAGAAAAACAUAGAAGAAAAGGCUAUGCAGCAUAUAUAAUAAAAUGUGCUGUGAACGAUCAAUUAAAAAAAGGAAAACAUGUUCUAGGCUACACGCUGGUAAAGAACGUGAAGGCACAGAAUUUAUUUGAUAAAUUGAAUUUCAGAAGAAUUGGAUACGAUACGUGGAUAGAUAUUUCAAAGGAAUAAACUGAAUUUUAUAUUACUUAAAUCUAGUGUUUAACACGAUAUACC